AUGAGCCAUGAGCCGGGUGCCACGGAGGCAUGUGGGCCAGGCGAAGGACCUGAUCCCCGGCAAACGGUCGAGCAACUUAAGGCGGAGGGAGGCAGACACUUCCGCAGUGGGAACUUGGAGGAAGCCCUCGCUUGCUACGCCUCUGCACUGCAGAAUCUCGAGAGGUCGGGGCUGGCCGAUCUGACCCUGCAAUCGACCUUGUCAUCCAACCAGGCCCUCUGCUACUUGAAGCUGUCGCGGUUCCAGGAAGCUGAGGAGAGCGCUUCAGCAGCCUUGGCUGCAGAUGCGUCGAACAGCAAAGCGGUCUACCGGCGAGGCUUGUCGCGCCUAAAUCUGGGUGACCCUCGCGGUGCCGUGGAGGACUUGCAGAAAGCUCUAAGGCUUGAGCCUCAGAACGCGGAGGUUCGCCAGAAGCUGUCGGAGGCCAAGCAGCAAGCGGAGGAGGCUCCGAUUCCCGAAUCGGAGAUGGCCGUUGCUUCCGGGGCUACAAGCGCCUUGGGAAAAGACGGAGGAUUGUACAGCGAAAAGCUAGACCUGAACGAGGGAAGGCUUGCGCAGUCUUUCAAGGAGCAGAGGGACUGGGUGAACACCAUCGACAACUGGAUGGAGAUCAAAGACAUUUCGUUUGUCGACGAAGAAGACAAGAAUGUCGUCUCUGUUUACAUGUCUUUGCCCGGCCUCCACGAGAUCGCUGCCAACAAGGUGUGCGUUUGGCUGACGGCGACCACGCUGGAGGUUCGUGUCGUCGAGCUGCGGGGCGCAAACUGGUGCUACGUGGCCCAAGAGCUUUGGGGGCAGAUAGACCCACAGCAGUCCACCUGGAAAGUGCGAAGGGACAAGCUUUCCAUCAAGCUGCAGAAAAGAGCCAGUGCUCGCAGUUGGGAUCGCUGGGAGAAGAUACGCCGGAUCUGA